AACGCGUGGUUUGCGCUCACGAACGAAUGAAAAAGGAAUGGCGGCUACGGUACCGUGAGUCCCCACCAGAACCGGAGUUAUACUCGAGUGUCCCACAACGCAGCAAGAACAGUCCUCUUCGUACAGUCCUGACACUCGUUUCCGCCUCGCUGUAAACCGUACAGAAGGUCAGGCUUCUCAAAUCGACAAGCACCGCAAAGUUCUUUCUUCUUUUUUUUUGGAAAAAAAAAAAGAAACGUUAGAUCUAAGACAAACGUGAUCAACUCUCACCGAGUAACGUCAAGUACUCGGACACUCUCGAAAUGGCAAGGCUUUUUUCGACGACAGAUUGUAAAAUGUGACGUGCGACUUACUCGAUACUUUAACGAGUGCUGCGCGGUGUACAGUGCUCCGGAAGCACCAUCGGGUACCAUGAGGUUCUCCAAAAUGUCAGUGAAAAGGACAAACUUUUAUAAAGCCCCGUUUGCCCUCUUGCCGAAGAUAUGGUGGCUUUUGCUAAUCCUCGGUAUCAGCGAGUUCCAGGUCAGUGGUCAGCUGCUGGAUACGGAGUUCCAGCCGACGGUGACGGCGACUUGUAAAGCUGGCACCAUGACCAUCCGCGUGAACGUCAAUCAAAGUUUUGUGGGUGCUGUGCACGCUAGAGAUUUUCGAACACCACCCUGUAUGACCUUUGGAAAUGGUUCUAAUCAGGCGACGUUUGAUAUCAAUUUACUAGCACCUAAAGGCGCUCCAGAAUAUUGCGGUGUACUUAUCAAUAACAAUACGGAAGAACGUUCGGUGCCCAUUGCCGUCAGGAUACACAAGACACUCGAACUGGCGGAUGACAAGUUUUACGUUAUUACCUGCGGCAAAGCAGGUUUCAAGAAUGCCAAGAAUGAAACUUCACUUGUAUCAUUGAGGCUUUUGGACGAUGGGCGUCGUGUACAGGAUGCUAUCUACGGUCACAACUAUACUUUGCGUGCUGAGAUCUCACGGCCAGAUGGAAAGUACGGUAUAAGGGUCAAAUCCUGUUUUGCGUUCAACGAAAAAAUUUCUAAGGUCCCAUUGAUCGAUAACAGAGGAUGUCCUGUUAACGCACGAAUGAUGACGAAAUUCGUGUUCGAUCCUACGACUGGUCAGGCGGAUGCAACACUCUUUUCAAUGUUCCAGUUGCCUGACAGUCCCCAAGUGCACUUUCAGUGUGACAUCGCAGUGUGCAAAGAAAGCUGCGGAGUUCCAAUAUGCGACGACGACGAGGAUACCGGUAUAAAAGGCGCAUCCACAACCGGACAGAACGUUGCAGGUGAAGAAGGAAUUCUUCUGGCUGGUACCAGCGUGUUCGUCCUUCAUCCUGGUGCAGAGUCCCCCUAUCGGCCCCUGUGCGAUGAUGGGAGUGUACAUCCACCUUGGCUUCUAUGGCUGGCUAUAGCUCUUGGUGUCCUGUUCCUUAUCAUGCUCAUCAUCAAUAUCUUUCUUUGCUCUGCAAUGUCCUGCAGUUGCACUCGCACCGAAAUCAUCGAGAAGGAGCCAUCGAUCAUUGAGGAUUACGACCCCUAUCGUAGCUGGCACGGAUCUCAAUACGGGUCGAGAUAUUCCCUGAACGGAAAGCCAGGAUACGCAUCAGGAGGUUCGACUAUGAACUCGACAAGAUCGAUAUCGACGAAUAGCGAUCAUUACGCGAUCGUCCAUUCUCGUCCUGGCAGUCGAUACUCUGGACCUGGUCACAAGCAUCAGCAUCCUCACAGAGGUCCACCGUCCAAUAUUGGCUCCCAUUAUUCUGGAAAGUGAACGACGCGGUAAUCCCGUAUUGUGUGGAUAAACUGUCGACUCUGAUUCUUACGCUGCGAGGAUCCUCGUUUCUUUUACGGUUAAUGCAAUUUACACAGAAAUGCCGAAGCUCCAUUCGAUGAUUCCGAGGAACGUUAUAAGCCGAGAUCGUUUCAGUAGAACGUUCCGUGAACUGGUCAGAUCGGUCGAAUGGACGACUAUUUACCUUAAAUUCCUUAAGCUCUUUAAAUUCUUUGCGUAUCUGCUAACCCGAAAGUACGAUACCAGCGGUCGCAUAGCUGCGACUCGGUAUUGUUAAGUCGUUGUUCGUGCGAUGCACAUGUGACUGCAGCAGGCUAAACGGCCAACUGCUGGUACGUUUGUAUAUCUAUAUCCGUUGACCAAGGAUACUAAUGCCAAUCGUAAUAUGUCUUAUAGAACGUAAUGCCGUGUUUUAUUGUUAUUGUGGACGAGGAUGACAAUCCAAUCCAAAUCUCUGAGUGGCCAUUGCUGAAUCGAUUGAAGGCAUUCGAAUUUAGAUUUUACUUUAGAGUGCUUACGAAUAUAGACACCAGUUAUCGAUUAGGAUAGUUUAAUAAUAAUAUUAAUUUUCUAUGAGCCUGCCGAAUGGAUUUUCUUGUAUAUAAAAUUGACUUUCGAAUCGGAAAGUGAAUUUAUAAAAUUGACAUCGGUUUUAUUGUCACUCUCAUUGGUCGAUAUCAUUAAUUAUGACAAGCCUAACCGUAUCCUGGAGAAAUAUUUUUAUCUCAGACAUACUCUUUUUGGGGAAUGCGCACGGAAAUGCAAACGUGAGAUAAAGAUAUGGAAGGUUUAUGAAAUCAGUGAAUUUACGCUAUCAUUUGGCAGGCUUGAGUUUGUCAGAGUUUAAAACGUACUGAUCUGGCAAAACUAUUAAUUAUAUAAAAAUUUAAUUGAUCACUCAUGACACAAGCGACAACUCGGCCGUUUCUAACAAUUCCGCGUAUGAAAUUUGUACUUUACUUAGUGUCUCUUUUGUUAACAAUGUUCAACAAACGGGCACUGCGAAUUUCGGUAAUUACUUACUAGAUUUAUAAAAUAACGUCACGUCUUUACGUACUGUUUUAUACCGUCCAAUCAUUACACUGUUCAAAUUAAAAUUACUGUAUUAUUUUGUAAUCUUCAA